AUGGAAAUCCUUCCCUGGAACGAGCUUGAGGAGCCCGGGCUUGGGGGCGAACGUGCUGGGCCCGAGCCUGGCCGGGCCUGGAGGGGUGGGGGCCCACCUGCGCGAGGCCUGGGGAGGGGAGGGAGCGAGGCCGCCGAGGAAGCACAAAGGCGGCGGCGUCAUCUUGUCGUCGUGGCCCGGGGCCCUUCUUCCCUGGCUUCCUCCUCCCUCCCCUCCAUCGCUCCUUUAUCCCACCCCAAUGCGGCGGCCUCUUCGUGGCGAGAACGUGGAAACCGCCACUCCCCCACCCCCCUAGAAAUCUGUCAGGAAACGGCGGCUUAUUUCCUUUUCUGCCUCGGCGGCUGCCGCUGCCCUGGACGAGGAAAGAAAGGGAGGAAGAAACAAAGAGGAGGAGGAGGAGGACGCGGGGCUGGACCACGCGCCGGGGUUCCGCGCGCAACAGGGAAUUCUUACCCAGAGGACAACCUAAUGAACUUAAUUCUUCAAUUUGUGGCAGAUGAGUUGAUUACACUGAGUGCCAAUUAUAACGGUGCCCUUGGAAACACAAGGAUUUGGUUGCUAUAUCGAGUUCUGUCUAGUAACCUUGCGUCAGAGAUUAACCACUAGUGAAG